GGGCCGCGUCGCCGGCGCAGUUGAGGCCAUGGCGGCGGGCGCUGCGCGGUGCCGACGGAUCUUCCUCAACCAUCUCGAUUCCUACUGCGGCCGCAGCAUCGGCGAGUAUUUAUCCGGUUGUGUUGUCGGAGCAUCGCUAGAAAGCGUGGAAGAAGAGGAGGAGGAAAAUGAGGAUCACUUGGAGGCUGAAGUUUCCAGGAGGCCAAAGGAGGGACUCUACCAAAUAGUGGGGACUCUCUCUAAGCCAGAGAGUACUAAACCAAGCUUUGCAGAGGAAACAUAUGCAGUCUCCUCUCAGAAAGAGCUCUUAAGUUAUUUGCUUGAAUGCGACAUUAUUUUGUAUAAUAUCACUGAGGAUGCAAACCAAAUCAAGGAAGCAACAUGGGCUGCUUCUGCCCUACGUAUGGAAAUAGAGCAUUUUGCAACACCAAAAAUGUUUAUCCUCAUUUCAACAGUAAUGAGCUGGGCAAAAAGCAAACCCCCUGACCCAGAGGAUUCUGAGAUUCCUUUCACUGAGGAAGAUUAUCGUAGGAGAAAACCUCAUCCUAACUUCAUAGAUCACAUAAAUGCUGAAAAACUUGUUCUCAAACUUGGGAAAAAUAACAAACAUGCAUUUUCAACUUAUGUUGUUGCUUCAGGAAUUCAGUAUGGAGCUGGGGAAGGAGUCUUACACUACUUUUUUAAGAUAGGUUGGCUUAGUGAAACUGCUGCAAUACCUGUUUUUGGACACGGAAACAAUUGUAUUCCAACCAUCCAUGUUCGUGAUUUAGCAGCGGUGUUACAAAACAUAGCAGACCACAGGCCAAAGUUUCACUACAUACUCGCAGUAGAUGAGUCUGCGCACACUUUUCAAGAAUUAAUAAAGUGUAUCAGUAAAAAUGUUGGACCAGGAAAAAUUGAGAAGAUUCCAGAAGAAAAUGCAUUCCUGAGUAAAGAGUUAACACAAAUGCAUGUGGAUAUGUUGCUUGUGAACCUGCGAAUGGAGGCUAUGUUUCUGAAAGAGACUUUCAACAUAAAGUGGGUUGCUCAGACAGGACUGGUAGAGAACAUUGAACAGAUUGUUGAAGAAUACAAGCAAAGUCGAGGACUUCUGCCCCUCAAAGUUUACAUUCAUGGUCCUCCAGGGGUUGGCAAAUCUACUAUUGCUGAAGAGAUCUGCAAACACUACAAGCUACAUCAUAUUAAGAUUAAAGAUGUGAUUUCUGAAUCAAUAGCAAAACUGGAGAAAAUUGUGGCUCCUAAAGAAGUGGACUCUGACAGUGUGAGACAAGAGGGAGAAGAGGGAGAAGAUGAUGAAGAAGAGGGUGAAAAUUUAGAAGAAGCACAUGAGUUGUUAGCUGAAAUUAAAGAAAGCAUGGAGCAGAAUGCAGGUCGUCUAGAUGAUCAGUAUGUUAUAAAACUCUUUAAAGAUAAGCUCAAAUCUAUGCCUUGUAGAAAUCAAGGGUAUGUUUUGGAUGGGUUUCCAAAGACCUAUGACCAGGCAAGAGACCUUUUUAACUUGGAAGAAGAAGAAGAAAUUGCAAGCAAAAUACCUAAAUAUGAUAAAAUAAUCACACCUGAAUUUGUUAUAUCUUUGACUGCAUCAGACGAAUUUCUUAAAAACAGAAUAAUAAAUCUGCCGGAAAGUGUUGUUGCUGGAACUCAUUAUACUCAGGACCGGUUUCUGCAAUCUUUGAAUAACUUCAGGGAGAUAAACGUAGAUGAUGAGACUGUUCUCAACUAUUUUGACGAACUUGAAAUACAUCCUCAGUUUAUUGUGAAAGAAAUGAGAAGCAAGAGUGAAAAUACUGGAGUUUGUUGCCACAUGCUAGCAACCUAUUGUGUAAUCUACGUGGAGCUACAGGAUGUAGCCAAAUAUGAAGAUUCUGAGAACAGAUUUGUAGUAAAAGAGAUCAUCAAAGAAAUUGGGGAACCACGAAAUUAUGGACUGACAGAUGAAGAAAAGGAGAGUUUGGAACGUAAAGCAGCUGAGGAAUGCCUUGCCAGAGAAGCUAAAGAAAAAGCUGAACGGGAGCGUAGAGAAGCUGAGGAAAGGGCUGAAAGGAUAGCAAAUUGGGAAGAGUGGAAUAAACAUCUUGAGGAAGUUAAAAAGCAAGAACAAGAAUUAUUGGAAGCCCAGUCCAUUCCACUACGAAACUAUUUAAUGAAGCAUGUCAUGCCAACACUUAUGCAAGGGUUAAAUGAAUGCUGUAAGAUCAGACCAGAUGAUCCAGUUGAUUUUCUGGCAGAAUAUCUCUUCAAGAACAAUCCUGAUGUCAAAUGAGAUAGCUUUAAAUCCUAACAGCUAUAGAAACUGAUAAAUAGUAAGGGAGAAUGUUUCCAAUGUUAUUUACAGUAAAAAUUCUUAGGCUUAGUUUUGUUCAAACACUAUCUUAAUAUGUCCAUUUUUAUUUUUUAACACUGUACUAGUAUGUGACAUUGAGUUUUUAAUUGUCCUUCUACUAAAGUACUACACAUGGAUUAAUACAUGAAUGUAUCUGUAUUACAUGCAUCUUCUUCCAACUCUGAACCUGUUUUUUUUAUUCCUGGAUUUUUUCAGUUACAUAUUGUAUUUAAACAGUGUAUUCCUGCUAUGAUCCAUAAAGGAAGUAAGCAGGAAGCCUGAGGAAAGUAUUCGCUUCUUUAGACUUAUUUUUGUGUAUUUGAGUUCCUAAAUGCAUUGCCUGUCCAAAUUACCACCUGAAGCAACUACAGGUGAAAUAAUUGGCUAUUUUAGAAAAGUAUGUAGUUUGAGACUAUUUUCUUUAAAGCCAGGGUAAAAUGAGGCACUGACACACACACCAAAUGUUUUUUUUUUGUGUGGAAUUGCUAUAAGACAUGUAUUUUCCUAAGAAUAAACUUUUGAGCAGCUUGUGCGAAGUA